CAUCCAUCCAUCCAUCCAUCCAUCCAUCCAUCCGUCCAUCCACACCCUAGCCAGCCAGCCAUGGGUCUGAUGAGUGAGGACAUGGAGUGCUGUGUCUGCCUCCAGCUCUACUCUCGCAGGGAGAAGAUCCCUCGGAUGCUCCACUGUAAGCACACAUUCUGUGGGCUGUGCUUGCAGGCGAUGUCCAGGCUCCAAAGCGGCCUACUGACAGUCUGCUGCCCCCUGUGCCGUUGGAUCACCUGCACCGAGCCCAGCCUCACCCUGCCGGGGUCGCUGUGGGUUAACACUGAGAUCUGGGACCAGAUACUAGACAGACAACAGGAAGAGGAGGAGGAGGAAGAGGAAGAAGAGUGGAAAGGAGCUAACAGACAGACACAGACCACUACACAGUACACAUGUUCUCCAUCAAGGCAUUGUGGCCUGAGGCUCAAACUACAGAAUUUCCUGAGGAGGAUGAAGCACAAUGUACUGUAAACCAAGAAGACGAAGAGCAGAGAAAGAAGACUGGAUUUUCCCAUUUCAGAGUAGGAGAUACUCAUUGAGUAAUGAAGCUAAUUCAUAAAACAGGACCCACCGGUGAUUUUCCAUAAUGAAGCAAGAUUGAACCAAUUAUUCAUAUGCUUUGUGUUUGAUUGACUUUGGGUAUGUGUAAUGUUCUCAGUCAACUUACCUGGUAAAAUAAGGGUUAAAUUAUAGUAUUAAUCAUAAAGGAUGGAUAGGUGGAGGAAAUAAAAAAAUAAGAUAUUAAAUGGAUUGAGGAAGAAAGAAAGAAUAAGGAAGUUAUGAAUAGAUAGACAGACAGACAGACAGACAGACAGACAGACAGACAGACAGACAGACAGACAGACAGACAGACAGACAGACAGACAGACAGACAGACAGAUG